AUGCGUGGAAGGGGUCGGUAUUCAGCAUUCUUCUAUAGAGUUCUUUUCUUUUUUGUAGGUCGGUCGGUCCUCUUUUCAGCAUCGGAUUCCAGGUCAGUCCUCUUUUUAAUGCAAAAUUCCAGGUUCUGGUUCUUUCAGCUCUUCGACCCUAAGGUACAUUUUUUGUUUAGCUUUGUUUGUAUUGUUUGUUUUGUUUCGCUUUUCGCUCGUUCUUACCUUUACUCUCUCCAUUUAGGUCCUGGCUCUUUGGCUCUAAGGUCCCGGUUCUUUCAGCUCUUCGACCCUAAGAUCUCGGCUCUUCAGCUCUAA